AUGGCGUCUGACUUCAGGUGGAGAUGUAUAGUGCUGCUGUUCUGCACGUAUUUGCUUUGUAUUUUAGCGACUGACAGCCAAGAUAAACCGAAGAAAAAGAAGGAUAUCCGAGACUAUAAUGAUGCUGACAUGGCACGGCUCCUGGAACAAUGGGAGAAGGAUGAUGACAUCGAGGAAGGUGAUCUCCCAGAGCACAAGAGGUCUCCUCCGCCCGUCGAUUUCUCCAAGGUGGACCCCUCCAAGCCGGAGGAGCUGCUCAAGAUGUCCAAGAAGGGCAGGACUCUGAUGGUUUUUGCUACAGUGUCUGGGGAUCCCACUGAGAAGGAGACAGAGGAGAUCACAGGCCUGUGGCAGGGCAGCCUCUUCAAUGCCAACUUUGAUGUUCAGAGGUUCGUGGUGGGCUCCAACAGGGUGAUCUUCAUGCUGCGGGAUGGCAGCAUGGCCUGGGAGGUCAAAGAUUUUCUCGUGGCCCAGGAGCGCUGCGUGGACGUCACCGUGGAGGGACAGGUGUUCCCCGGGAAGGCUGCCAAGAAGGACGACGAUAAAUACAAGCAGCAGAACGAAGUCAACACCAAGAAGAAGAGCAAGAAGAAGACAGAGAGCAAGAAGGCCGACUUGGAGGGAAACAGAGCCAGCCAUCUGAAACAGGAGCUGUGAUGGAAUAACACCAAGGGAGAGGAGUCACAGGGCCCUCUUCUACUGGCCUUAGACAUGAUUACUCUCCUGACAAUCUGUGAGCAGUGAACUCGCGAGGGCUGCAGGCCCACGUGAGGAUGGGAUGGUUCAGAGUCAGUGCUAUGAGUGAACUCAUAAAUCCGGUUGAUUAUGUGAACCUUGACUGCUGAGCUCUUCAAAUCAGUUGUAAUGUCAGUGCAGUCUGGUGACUUUAGUUAUUUUCUGUUGUUUGAUUUUCACCAAAUGAAAACCAAUACAUCCACAUAUUGUUUGUAAGGUACUCAAGGUAAGCACUAUAAACCUUUUUAUUUUUUUUUUCUUUGCCAAGAGCCAUGUUAGGUACAGGAAGUGUUUUUGUUUUCUGGUAUAAACAUGGAGUCAGUCAUCAGACCUUCAAGUCCUGGUCUGUGUUAGACCUUGUUCACGUCCAGCAAGAUUUGAUUCAAGCACCCACAUUUUCUCUUUGAUUUUUCACCACAUAUGAAAAUAAAUG